UAAUAGUUUUGCAGCUCUGUCGGCGACGCUACACGUGCGUUUUGAACAUUUAAAAUUAUUAAGAUUAUUUAAUAAAUAACUUCAAAAUGUCGCUUUUACGGAUUAGGAAACCGAAGACCCGCAAAGGAAAGAAAGUGUUGUUGGCUCGUGAGCCGCAGCUCAUUGAGGCAGCACGCAGCAUGUUGUUUGUGGACGGACGCAAGUGCGGUGGCAAUGUGAAACAGUGCAUGAAGGAUCUGAACCAGCUGAAGAAGCCUCUAGUUAAAGUCUUGCAUCGCAAAAACGAUAUUACACCCUUUGAUGAUCCCUCUUCCUUGGAAUUCUUGACAAUGAAAAACGAUACGGCCCUCUUCACCUUCGGCUCCACGUCCAAAAAACGCCCUGAUAACAUUCUCAUUGGCCGCAUCUUCGAGAACGAAGUCCUUGACAUGUUUGAGCUGGGAAUAAAGCGCUAUAAAGCUAUUGCCGAAUUCAAGAACGAGAAGAUUGGCUCCUGCGUCAAGCCCUGCCUGGUCUUCAAUGGACCGAAGUGGGCCCAAACAGAGGAGCUGCGUCGCCUGCGGAAUCUGUUUAUCGACAUGUUUCAUCGCGAGAAGGUCGACUCCAUACGCCUACAGGGCAUUGAGCAUGUGCUGAGCUUCACGGUGACCAACGAUAUGAGUGUACUGAUGCGCUCGUACAAAAUCUUACUGAAGAAAUCUGGUCAGAAGACACCACGCAUAGAGCUGGAGGAAAUUGGACCAUCAGCUGAUUUCUCCAUUCGUCGCACCAAGAUUGCUUCUGAAGAUCUAUACAAGCUGUCCAGAAAGCAGCCCAAGCAGCUGAAGGUAACCAAGAAGAAGAACGUCAGCACGGAUGCCCUGGGCAAUACCAAGGGUCGUGUCCAUAUGGGCAAGCAGCAGACGAGCUCCAUACAGACGCGUCGCGUCAAGGCGCUCAAAAAGUCACCGGAGGAGAAACGCACCGACCGCCAGAAAAAGAAGGUGGCUUUAAGGGCGGCUGCAGCAGAGGCUUUGGCAGCGGAAUAAGACCCAAGCCGAAUUGGCUUUAUAGAAUUCUAGUUAGUUGUAGUUGUAAUAAAUUGGUCCAGCUUAAAAUAUAGUUAAGAUCUUGACUUAGCAAC